CUCAGUGGACGACCUGUACCAAGGCUGUGAGGACGCCAUGUGGCAGCAUCUCCCAUCCCUGAUGAAAAAGGAGCUGACCAAGAACAAGAAGUUUGACCAGGCUUGGAACAGGGCCAAGAACGAGUGGCUGAGGAAGACGAAUACGUUCAUCUUCCCCAACACAAAGAAAGCUUUCUGCGGCGUCGCUGUGGUGGCCUACACCUUAAACGACCCGCCUCUGUACAAGGACUUCAACGCGGCCACCAGGACGGGCUGGACGGGAUCCCCUGCCUACGCCAGCUACCCCUUCAAGGCCUUUCAUUUCCUGCUGACCCAGGCGCCCAGAGAGAUAUGGGGGAUAAAGCCCAGUUGUGGCACCGUCUACAGAGGAACCGACAUAAAAUUCUCCAUCAGCGGCUUGUUCCGCUUCGGCCAGUUCACCUCCACCUCAAAGAGCUCGAAGGUGGCGGCCGGAUUCAGCGAAAAGACCCUCUUUGUGCUGGUUUCCUGCACGGGGUACGCGCUUCGGGACCUGUCCCACUACGUUAAAGAACAAGAGGUCCUGGUGCUGCCCUCCGAGAUGUUCCAGGUCACCAAUGUCCAGCCGACCGCGCAGGGGCACACUGUCCACGCCAAGUCGGCGGGGGUGUGCUGCAACCACAACUGCGCCUACGUGGGGAGAGGAGACCCCCAUGUGAAGAGAUGCCCUCCUCACCAAGUGCUGCAUUUGUGAGGCACCGGAGCAAGGAGGGGCAGCAGUGACCCCAGGGCUGCCCUUAGCCAGGAGCUCCGUGGAUCAUCGUGUGCGUGGCCUCGUCUGCCUAGGCGGGCAAAACUUCCCCAUCUGCUUUCCUGCUAUAACCAACGGGGAAUCACUCUAGCAAAACACACCUCUGUUUCCUCCCGGUUAAGCUUCUUCCCUCGCAGGUCUGCGCUUUCCCCGACAGCUGUGCCCCAUCCGGAGCCGGUCUCCCCCGGUGCUCGGCCCUGUACCCGGCCAGGAUUUUUCCCAGGGUGCAUUGCGGGAGGACAGGAAAGUAGAGUGAGACCUAAGGGGCUCAAUCUGCGGCCAGGGAGAUGGAGGUUAGAUCAUGGGAAAAAACUUUCCAAUGCGCAGGGUAACUGAGCUCUUAGCGUCCCAGGGCGGGGGGGGCUCCCCGUCACUGGAGGUUUAUAAGAACAGGUUGGACAAACCCCCUGUCAGGGCUGGGCUCGGGUUCCCUGGUCUGGUCUCUGCGCAGGGGGCCGGGGGGACCUCUCCGGGUCCCUUCCAGCCCGACAUUUCCAUGAUUCUAAACCCACUGGACCCAAGGCAGAUUAAGAUUUAUUGGGGUCCUGGGCACAAAGAAUAUUGCCCCCCCAUAAUGCCCUAAGAGCGAUCUGUGACCACUGUGAGGAGCCCCAGACCCUCCACCUCCCCCAUGGGGCAGGGGCUGCUGUCAGGCACCACAGCCCUCCUCGCAGGGCAGGCGGAGAGUCCGGGGUGCCCUGAGCAGGUCUUACCACGGUCCGGCUCUGGUUUCUGUCCUGGCCAGGGGGCGGGACCUCUGGGGAAAGAGGGGGAGCGGGGGGGGCCACAGUUUCGGUGUCGGUGGGCCCCCACACACACACACUUCUACACAGGUCCCAGGGCCCCCAAAUUGGCCAGGACCCCUGCACUGGACUUCUGGGAAUUGGGAUCAAACUAAGCCAGGCUUCCUCUACGGGCAUCCCGUAAUUUACCUGCUCCCCUCCCACCACCUUCUGGAACCUCGUCCCCCUCCGAUUGCUACCGGCCAGCAGCCAGCCAGCUGGGCGUCGGUAGAUCCACCAUCGGGGUACGCCUAUGGAGAGCCUCGGAAAGUUGGGCGGUGCAUAGCGUUGCCAAACCUCCAGGAUUGUCCGGGAGACUCCGGGGAAUUAAAGGUUCCUCUUGAAUUGAAGAUUAUCUCGUGUGAUGAAACCUCCAGGAGUACGUCCAAAGCAAACUGGCAACCCUAGCCAUGCAGAGGAGGUUGCUUGUGGGUUUGCCCCAUUGAGGUUCUCCAGUUGUAUGAGGGCCAUUGAUGGGACCCGAACCCUAACCCUAACCCUAAGAUCAUCAACAGAAAGGCCUUAGCCCUGCAAGCUCUGGGUUCGUAGGUUCCCAGAUUUCCAGGCCAGCAGGAACCGUUGUGGUCAUCUGGUCUGACGCCAGCCAGAGAACUUCCCCCAAGCAAGUCCUAGGGCAGAUCUUUUAGAAAACCAUCCAAUCUGGGUUAAAACGGUCAGCCAUGGAGGCUCCACCACGACCCUUGGUUAAGGGCUCCGAUGUUCCACUGCCCUCACGGUCAAAAAUGUACACGGUCUUUCCAGUGUGAAUUUGUCCAGCUUCAAUUUCCGGCUCGCAUUAGACCUUUCUCGGCUAGAUUGGGGAUCAAACAUUUGCUCCCCACAUAGGUCCUUAUAGACUGGGAUCCAGUCCCCCCCGGAGCCGCUCUUUGCUAAGCUAAAUAGAUUGAGCUCCUUGAGGCAAGUUGUCUAAGCCAUCACUCGCACUCCUGGCUCUUCUCUGGCCCCUCUUCUACCGAUCCAGUUGAUGCUCAUUCUCUUUCCGUAUCUGCCCCUACAAUAAACACGCCCUCAUUGCAAUGUGUUUGGCUUUCUUUAGCCCCUGCCG